AGGUGUGUCCGGCAUCACCCGUCGCGUUGCAACCAACAGCAACGACGCAAGACAAUCGUUUCUUGCAUGGUCGGUUCUCCAAUUAUGUCACGUACUUGGUGAUAAAUCGCGCGGCACUCGAUUUCGCGAAAGGAGAUAAAAAAAAAUUUGCAUCGCGCGAGGGACCUUAUCGUGCGGAAGUGAAGGGAAAUCGAGAGUAUAGUGGGAGUAUAGGAAGGAAGGUAACCUACCGGUGAGUCCUCGAACGCAGUACGAUCGAGACCGAGUGCGAGCCAAGAAGUCCGAGCGAGAUCGAGAUCAUCAUCGUCUCUGUGGUGCACGUUAAUUAGUACGUGGAUGGCGAUCAGAAAGAAAGAAAGGAUAGAUACGAAAGCCGAGCAGUGGCCGAGAGGCGAGAGAUCGAGAAAGGGACCGGGGAACUGAGACUGAUUAACCCGGGGGUGCGGCCGUGGCUCGAAAGGUCAAGUGGAUGCAGGAAUCUCGGCGCGUCGAGGGAAAAUAUUGUACAUCUACGCUCGCAAAUUUCAACGAUUGCUCUUGAGAAGGAUUAUAUUAUUUUUCUUGGAAAAAGGGUUGUAAUAUAUAUUUGCAAGUGUUCUCUAUCGGAAAAUCAAGUGUUCAUUUCGAAGGGCUUCGUGUAAUUGUUGAGAUUAUAUUGUAUUUAAAAAAAUAACAUUGGCGAGUGAUCGAUCGUAUAUCUAGGAAGUAAAUUGAUGCUUCGGCAAUUGAGAAAUUUUUGAUAGACACGCAUUCGAUUUCUCGUGUGGGGAUCUAACAAGAUUUCAAGAAAGCUUAUAAUCGAGACAUCGCGAACAUGUUGUGCGGUACAUUUAAGAGGAGGAGGAGACACCCGGGUGACGAGUAUCGCUUGGUCAGAUCUAAUACCAUGCCAAGAAUAAUGUUGGGAGCGAGGGACAUCAGUUUGGUGCCUAUUCGAAGGACCAAGUCCACGAGGAUUGCCACUCGAUCGUCGCUGAUCAAGAAUCUGCUGCAUAUGGGUCUCGACAAUGUAAGCUCGGCAACCCUCAGGCCCUUUAACUCGGACAUCAACACACCGAGGAUCGACAGCUACAGGUUCUCCAUGGCGAAUCUCGAAGAUUCCCAAGAUGUCGAUCUGGACGCAAUCCUCGGUGAGUUGUGUGCCCUGGAGAGACGUUGCGACGGCGAUAUCGCCUCCACUCCUGCGCCAGAUACACAAAGACCAGGACGACCCAGCAGCGCGAGGAUCAAUCCGGGUGACAGUACUGACAUCAAAAAUGAAGGAGGUAUACGCACUGAUAGUCCCGACAACGACAGCGCGUUCUCGGACACGGUGUCUAUGUUAUCCAGCGAAAGUUCGGCAAGCAGUAGCGGUUCCGGACACAAACCACCUCAGACCACGAUACACGCAACUCCUCAACAGCAGCCGCAUCAACUUGUCGAUGCAGCGAGCAGAGCAAAGGCGGAGAAGAUCCGUCUGGCGUUGGAGAAGAUGCGCGAGGCGAGCGUACAGAAACUCUUCAUCAAAGCGUUCACGUUGGACGGAAGCGGUAAGAGCCUCUUGGUCGACGAAGGGAUGAGCGUCGCGCAUGUGUGUAGGUUGCUCGCGGACAAGAACCACGUGCCGAUGGAUCCAAAAUGGGCUGUAGUCGAGCAUCUGCCCGAUCUUUUCAUGGAGAGGGUUUACGAGGAUCACGAAUUAUUGGUGGAGAAUCUUCUACUAUGGACCAGGGAUUCCAAGAACAAAUUGCUCUUCGUCGAGAGACCAGAUAAGACGCACCUAUUUCUCACGCCUGAGCGGUUCCUUCUCGGUCCCUCGGAUCGCGGCGGCGGCGAAUACGACGAUCAUUCGAGAAAUAUUUUAUUGGAGGAGUUCUUCUCGAGCAGCAACAUCGGCGUGCCCGAGGUCGAGGGUCCGUUGUACUUGAAGUCGGAUAGCAAGAAGGGUUGGAAGAGGUACCACUUCAUUUUACGAGCCUCCGGUCUCUACUACUGGCCAAAGGAAAAGGCGCGCACUGCCCGGGAUCUCGUUUGUCUGGCGACGUUCGACGUUAAUCAAGUUUACUACGGCGUUGGUUGGCGAAAGAAAUACAAAGCUCCCACGGAUUUCUGCUUUGCCGUGAAACACCCGCGACUGCAGCAGCCAAAAUCCACCAAGUAUAUCAAAUUUCUUUGCGCGGAGGACAAUGCUUCUUUGGAACGAUGGAUGAUCGGCAUACGCGUAGCCAAAUAUGGCAGGCAAUUGAUGGAGAACUAUCGGGCGCUGGUGGACGAAUUGGCGCAGGAGGAUCUAGACUUAUUAGCACAUGCCAGAUCGUGCUCUGUCAGCUCUAUUGCUACACCGCCGAAUCAAACUCAGUACAACACGACGAACGAGAACGCGAGGCAAUUUGCGGAGAAUGUAAGACAACACAGUAAUGAAACUACAAUCGUCACCACGACACGGCAAUACGACGGCAACCAAAGGCAGAGUUACAACAACCCGGAACAACGACAGAGCUAUAACAAUGAUGGCAGACUGAGCAGAGCGAGCAGUUCUAGUUCCAGUGGAUGUUUAUCUGACGGGGCGCCAAGUAGCUGUGAGGUGGCCUUUGAAUGCGGUGAAUUUCCAACUGGCACGAUAAAGCGGAAGCCGUCUAUGAAUCCAAAGCUGCCCCUCACGUCGAUUACAAGGCAGUUGAAGGAAGUCGGCGAGACUGUGCGGGAUGAACCGGACUCCUGUCCGAGCCCGACGAGCUCGGGAUCCGGUACAUUGACGAGAAGACACAGUCGCCGGCGAAGCGGCACUGAUUCCGAUGGAUCCGGGACUUUGAAAAGACAUCAUAGAUCUGGAAACGCGACGCCCGUUAGUCCGAUACCGCCUGGUACACCAGUGAGAGAGAGAACGAGCCCUAUGGGAUACAGCAGAUCGGAGAGUCAGGAAUCCAAAACACCAACAAGUCCGAUGCAAACGUGUAUGAUGGAUUCGAUCACCUCGUUGCCGCCGCCACCAUCGCCGUCAAGAGUCGUUGAAGAAGUCGAGUCCGACAACGAGCCGCUUCCGCCUCCGCCACCCGAGAUGUUCCGCUCCAAUCUUUCGCUAGAUUCUCUACCGCCGCCGCCGGCGCCCGGCGAGCUUCCGGUCUGUAACACACCGGAACUCACGGGUUCCUCGUUGAGUCUCGUGUCGCUACCGCCACCGCCCAGUCCGCUAGUCGGCGAAACCGGAACGAUACGUCGCGCCAGACCCAAGCAGUCUACUCCUACGAAUUCUAUAACCCCCGAAAACACUCCUGCGCACAAUCCUAGGUCACAAUCUAAUCAAAUGUACGUAAAUGCGAAUAGUAUCACGCUGAACAGCAAUUCGGUCCAAAACAGUCAGAAUUUCAACUCGAAUACGGCGUCUCAUAACGCAAAUAAUACUGCCAAUUCCGUAUCCUCUCCGCAUAGUUCCUAUCCAGGAUCGACAGCAAGUACACCGACCUAUACUCCGAGCUCGCCCAACUUUGCAUCGCCACCACCGUUUGUGCCGCCGCCGGCUUAUGGCUCCCAGCAGCAACAUGUCAACUCCCAGAGUUUACCAAGCAGGCAAAACUCUAAAGUCGAAUCGAUAUACGCGAGUCAGCCCAACCACAACACGAUUCAACCGAUCAGACCGAAUCCUAACAUGGACACUGUUCGACGCAGCGCUAUGAAGCAGGGAAGCGGCCACUACGCAGCGCCGCCGUACUUAGCAGAGUUGAAAGCUGCCUCUAGUCCGCAGCCGCAGCGCCGAGUGACCAUUCAGGAACCGCCGACGUCGCCCAAAUCAAAGACCGGCACUGGUAAGAAGAUCUCAUUCAAUCUGCCACCUCAGGAAUCCAGUAGUCCCGCUUUGCCGCUACGGAAACCAACGCCACCCAGGAGAUCAGACAGCACUAGACUCACGUCGCCCAAAAAACUUGCGGCGUCCGAUCAGGCUCCGCCGGGCGAUUUCUUGAAGGAUCUCCAGCGGGUGAUGAGGAAAAAGUGGCAGGUUGCGCAAAAAUGCAAGUUGGACUCGACGACGACGCCACACGAGGUACUCGGCUUUCGAGAUCCGCCACCCGCUGUAGCUGACUAUAGGGAGACCAAUGUGUCUAAUUGGGUGCAAGAGCACUAUGGCGCGGACAAUCUUUACGAGAAUGUUUACGCGACGGAUCCUCACGCACCGGUUGAAUACGCGUCCAGUCCAGCCCGGCAACCAACAGUGAGAUUCGCUGACGAGAAUCGCAGCAUGAAUAUCGUUAACGCGAUUGCCGGUAAGAGAAGACCGCCGCCGCCGCCGCCCAAACGGGCCGAGACUACGCAUCUCACUACUACUAGGGCGAUGCACUGACAAUAGCAGAUAAUUCAACCCCAUCCCGAGAGGCGAUGGUACUGUUGUCUCUGCGGCUGGUGGAAGGAGUGAGGCGUGGGACGUCUUUGCGAUUACUUUAUCCGCUCUUCCGGGAUGCCGGAUAUAUAUUCAUUCGCUCCACCUUGCUGUUCAGAGAAUCGUCAAACGGAGAAAAGAGGAAGAAUAUUUCUCCGGUAAAGAAAAGGUUGUAUAGUUUCGCUGCGUACUUUGUUGCCAGGCUCUAUGCUGAUCAAUUUUGGGAGGAUAAUAAGUUAAAAAAAGAAAAGAAAUUGUUCAGAUACGACAAUUAAAAAAAAGAAUAUUUAUCAAUUUAAUUCUAGACGACUUUUUUCACACAUUCAUAAUUCUGGAAAGAAUUGGAUUGCUAGAAGACUUAUAUGAGUAUUCUCAAUUAUAAAAAGAUAUUCAAAUUACCAGUAAUGAGAUUACGAGAAGUUUGAAAAUGUCUUGACGAAUUAUAAAAUGUCGAUGAACCGUCCUUAUUGGAAGGUUUCCUGAACUUAUACAGCAGAACUGCCGUUCGAAGCUAAAUCGGAAGCCGAGUGAUGUGAAUGCUCUUUUGAGCUGAGCAACGAAUUGAGUUAAACUCGAGUCCGCGAUAGAGAUUCGAUCAACACACAAGGAAUACUGCCACACAUACAGAGGAUGUGAUAUAAAUCAUAAGCCCAUGCGUCCCGGUAAUUCAAGAAUCGCGCAAAAACGAAGAAGCGAUAAAAAAAAAAUAGCAAUGCGAUAAAACGCACAAUGCGCGAAUCGGAGAGUCGAAAUCUUACGAGUCGCGAUUUCAUGCAGAAUCGUAAGUUCUUUUUGUUGCGCAUAUUUCAUAACCGCUAACUGCCUCUGCGUCUGCGAUUCUCUCAAGUAUACUUGGAUGUGUGAUAAAUAUUAUAAAGUAAAAGAAGUAAUCUAAAUAUAAAAAAAAAUCUAUAUAUGCGGAUGAUCCGCUCAAAUAUUCUCAGUUUGAUUUUCGAUCGGUCGGUAAUCAUCUCCGAAUAUAAUUGAGUGACCCGACAUUUAAUUUAAUAUUAAUUUAUCCAAGUUUAAUAUUUGCUCUUCAAGGAUAUGGCAAAUAAAUAUUUUACGAUGUGUGUAUCGUAAUCUCUGAUAUAAUUUGUUUGAAAAAAAAAAAUAAUAAUAAUAUAUAUGUAUUUUUCAUCUCACAAUUCUUUGUUCAUUCACUGUUUUCCGUUCUGAGAUAAAGAGCUUACUUAAAAAUUUGGAUUAUAUUCCCAAAGAUUAUGAUAACGCGACAGGAAUAUAUAAUUAUAUUUUAUAAUGUAUAAACUGCAGCGCGCGCUCAGAGGGAAAGUCACCGCGAAGUGGAAUUGAUCUCAGUUUGGAAUUGGAAACGGAUCUCCUCGAUUGUUUUUUUUUCCCCCCAACGAGAGUGUGUUUUUAUAACGAAAAGAAAGAAGGAAUACGAAUGAUCAACUUCGUCAGACUUUUCUUCAUGUAACUAUGCGUCCAUUGCGAUCACAUCCCUUGUGCAUAGAUAUAUAUGUAUAUAAACUAAGUAUAUACGCGACCAUUUACAUCGGUAUAUCGACUUGAUGUGCUGUACGUGUAGUUGUAUCAUACGAUUCAGAUGCGACGAUAAUGAUCGUUCUUAUAUUGUCGAUUAUAUCCAAUGACAAAUGAUGACUCUUUCUCGCCCAUUGUCGGAGCGAGACCUAAUCAUGAGGACGCGAGAUCUCGUUUUAAUGCGUUACUUUUUCGUUUAACGACGGAGUAAAACCGAAGAACGUCGAUUCGAGAGUCAGAUAAAGAUGAAAAAUAAGGGAAAUAUCGAAAUUCUCCGAUAAUUAUCAAUUGUCUGGAGAUUCUAAAGUCUAGAUAGAAAAAAAACCAAGUACUUUGGAUACUUUAAAUAUAGCUGUCAAGAGAAACAUUACACACAUUAAUUAUCCGUGUAUUUGCUUGGCUCGUUCAUCUUGGCGGUUUUAUUUCUUAUAUCGUAUCCAAUUUCUAGAAUUGAACCGUGGACGUUGCGGUCUAGGUAUGCGUGUAAUUAUCUCACGUCACCGAUCGAGGAGAAAGCGAAAUGUGCGUUAAACGUGUUCGUCAAGAUUAUCGCGCUAGCCAGUGACGAAGAACAACAUCGUGCGUACAUCUUCGCAUUUAUGAUCUUGGAAUCUUCAGCAUCGACUAGCUGAACCUUUUUGAGAUUGCGUAGCUGAUGUAGUUUUAUAUUUCGAAUUAUAUCGCAUUUUUCGCGUUUUGAUACAUGCGCGAAAUUUCACGACUUUUUCAAUUUACAGAAAACAUCUGUAUCGUCGACUUUUUAUAUGUAUCAAAAUCGGAAGCUGCUUGAGAGAGCCCGUUCGUGCGAUAAUCAAUCGUAGAAAGUAUUUUAUAAGAUUAAAUUUUUUGAUACAGAAAUAUUUCGUCAUAGUUCUGUACACGCGAAUAUACAAGUAAUUCACGUUUUUAUAAGCGGUCGAGAUUUCAGGCCGAGACAAGCCUCUGCGAUUCUUCUAACUCUUCGUGGAUAUUUCCAGUUUUCUAUGAAAAGAUUAUAAAGCUGUGCGGCAUGUAUGUGAGAUAUUACUACUGAGGUUUUGUGACUAGUCGAGAACUUUUUCUAAAAGAUAUUCCGCAUCAUGUAUCUGCGCGCGAGACAUUUCCCAAUUUUCUAAAAAAAAACGGUGUGUUUGUGCGUGAAAAAGGACUUUUGCCGAUUUUAUAAAACAUUUACACAACGUAUUUAUACACCGCGAUCGAGUUUUCACCACUUUUUUCACGCCGUGCCUGUGCGCGAAAACUUUUCCACUUUUCAAGAAGAUUCACGCGAUCUUCGCAACGACCGCGCUCUCUCGAGCGAGCACGAUUCGAGCGCGUACUGUAAUACAAUCGAAUUACUUAAUAAUAAUAGCUAACGAUUAACUUUAAAGUGGAAGCGUCGAUAUGUGUGUCGAUUUAAUUGUAUCUUUUGCACAUAUUAUGCGCGGUAAUCAAACUGAACCAAUAAUAUAUAUAAAUACAUUUUUGAGACUAAUAUACCGAGAGAUUUUACGGAGAUUAAGCCUGAAUACAGGAUGACUUCAUAUAAAAUUCAUAAAAACUUCGAAAAUAUUUUUCUUUUCAAAGAGUACGACGGUAUCGGUUCUUCUGUGCUUAGAACGCGCUGUGCUUAGAAAUCUUUCCUCUUGGAUGAAUCGCGUUGAAAGAUUUCAACGUACACUUUAUAUUAAUUAAAACAUUUUUUAAAUCUCAUUUUAAUGUAAUUUUAUACCAUUUUGGUUAUAAUAUUUCGUUCUUUGUACAACACGCUGCGCUGAUUUAUUUUCCAAACGAACUGAUACGGGAUUCGUUGGAAAUGCUGGCGUGCCGAGAUACUUUAUUUUGUACUCGUACAAAAGGAACUUCUUAAAGUAACUUUCGCCGAGCUAAAAAUACAAUCGAUGCAUUCUGAGCAGGUAAUUCUAAUAUUCUAAUAAUGAUAUACGCGUGCUGCCCGUCGCUUAAUUUUUUGAAACGAAAGAGUUAAUCGUUUUCUCGUUCAUUUCGAGUAAACAAUUCUUUAUUCGAUUAAAGUUCUCGAGUGCAAUUGGCCCAAAGGAUAGAUCGAUAUUAGAAACUUGUAGAGAACGAAAUCGAAAAAUCCUAAGCGUGAUAUUAUACCGACUACUAACAGGAAUAAUAAUAUCUUGAUUAAUUGUAUUUUUUCAUAACCGAUGACAACACCGAUGCUUGUAAAGUUAAAAACAAUCUCUGUUUUAUUUAACUAGAACAGCUUCUAGUAAGUUCAGUAUACGAGACAAAUAUUUAAACAAUCAUUGCGUUAUUUUUUUUUGAGGACAAGGAUGAAUGGGAAGUCGGCUCUGGUUAUAUUGUAUUGUAUCUCUUUUCUGAUUUAUAUAAUUUAAGUUGUACGUAUAGCUCUGUAAAUAAUUGUAAUACUAAUGGUACUAUGAGAGGAAAAAUUGUUGUCGGUGAUGUUGCGCGGCCGCGGGCAUCGAUAUAAACGCAUUUACGUUAUUUAGGAUAGAGAAAAGAAGCGAGGGAGCGAGCGUCAGCCUUUGGAGAUUUUAAAUCUUGCGAACGAGGCUGCAUGUUUGGAUUGAGUUAAUCGUUUAGAAAUCGCUUCUCGAUCAAUUAUCGUGAGAGCGCUGCGUUUGCAUCGCAAACAUAAAAUCGAUUCGAUGUAGCUUAAUACUUAGACCUUAGAAGAUUACAGAUUGUUUCAGAUACAUUCUCUGUGCAGGUGUGUUAAAAAAAAAAUAAUAAAUUGCGACAAUACCAUUAUUUCUGUGACUCUCGACGCCAGUUGUUUAGGUAUGACUCUACCGGACGAACAAAGAAAUGCGCAGCAGUUGAAAUAUUAUAGGUAUUAUAUUCAUGUUUUUAUGUAAAUAAAUUUUUGGUAUAUUUCAA